AUGAAGAGCAGACACUUGGAAAUGGUGCAGGAGUUGGAGGAGAACCUCCAGCUGACGGUCCAGGAGAACCAGGAGUGGACGGAACAAAGGAUCAAAUCCCACUAUCAGAGCAAGUUCAACAGUCUUCGUAGAAUCCUGCACCUCUACCAGGAAAAGAUUAAGAAGAGGAAUGAAGAAUGGGAGAUGAAGAUUGAGGCCCUGACUGCCAGAAACAAGCAGCUGAUAAAGGAACAAGAAGCAGAGGCGAGGAGGAGUAAAGAAGAGGCCCAGAGGUGGCAAAAAGAAAAAACUGAAUUACUCGAGCUGUGCUCCAACAGACUGGACCUCCUGCACAGCCAGCAAACAUCUACUGUGCAGGAGCUUCAGAUGACCAGACAGGAGGUCAGCAGAGUCCAGGAAAUGUUGAUCUUGUCAGCACAGGUGGCCACUGAGGAGGUGGGCAGCACAGGAAACCAGCAGUCAGAACAGGUUUACACUGCUAUUGUUUACAAACAUGACUGUAAUAUUUCACACUGA